AUGGAGUGGAAACCUGCUCAGUUUGACGUCUCAGGUUACCCUCCAGAUCUUGUUCUAACAAACAAUCUGGACGUGGAUCCUGAUUUCGUAGACAACUUCGCUCGUUGUGCCAGGUGGUGUGCAGAUGGAUCCAGCUUCCUCGUCCAGUGCGAAAACCGGUCGUUUCAACUCUUCAAUAUUCGCACACAGCUCUCCGCUCACCAUAAGCGCACAUUCUCGCAGUCCUCAGCGGUCGUUAAUUUUGCUUGGUAUCCUGGGGCAUCAUCCAAUAACGCUCCAGCUUACUGUUUCGUCGCUUCUGUGCGUGAUUGUCCAGUGAAGCUUCUGGAUGCUUCAGAUGGAAGGCUGAGGGCCUCAUACCCGAUCAUCGAUCAUCGCGAGAGGUUCAUCGCUCCUCAUAGUCUCGCAUUCAACUUGACAGCUGACAAACUAUACUGUGGUUUCGAAGAUGCCAUCGAGAUCUUCGACAUACAACAACCUGGAGAGGGCGAUCGGCUCCCGACCACGCCUUCUAAGAAAAGCAAGGAUGGCCUCAAAGGCAUCAUAUCUAGCAUAGCUUUCUCCUCUUCUUAUGACUAUUACGCGAUCGGCAGCCUAACGCCUUCCUCACAAGCGAUGGAUAAUAUUGCAUUGUAUUCGGAGUCAAGCCAAGCAGCUAUCAUGCCUGUAGGAGGCGCAGAUUCUCAUUCCGGAGUCACGCAGCUAAAGUUCAACCCCACAAAACCGCACAUUCUAUAUGCUGCAUUUCGUCGACACGAUGCUAUAUAUGCAUGGGAUCUUCGCAGCGAUACAUCUGUACCUGUAAAAGUCUUCAAGGCAGCCCCUGGUCCUCGCAAAACCCGGACUAAUCAAAAAAUCGAAUUCGACAUAGAUUACGCUGGAAGAUGGUUAAGCGUCGGUGAUCAGGAUGGAUGUGUUUCGGUGUUUGACCUUGAAGAUUCGGACGAACUGGAUGUAAUUGGCUGCGUGGCAUUUCAUCCCCUACGCUCUAAUCUCCUGUCAAUAUCGGGCUCACGCCAUUUUGAUGAGGAUAUGAGGGAGGGUGAUUCUAAUAGCUCCGACGAGGAUUCAACAGACCAGGAGUCGGAUUCUGAGAGCCAGAAUAUUAUCGCAGUGUCAACGCGCCGACCACUUCCAUAUGUCAAGGACUCUUCUUUGAAGCUGUGGUCAUUCGAACCCACGCGGACUGUACAACACGCUUGA